AUGGAACGAACACGGGCAGCGCCUCCACCCUCGGCGGCGGCGGUGCUGGGCAAGGGACGGUUCUUUGCGUCGCGGCGGGCGGGUGGCGGGAGCGGGAGGGCGCGGGCGUCGCGGAGCGGGGCGGGCGGGCGGCGCGAAAAGGUCGUGUUUGCGGUCGCCUUUGCGCCAAGCGAUGGCCCGGGCGGAGGCUGCGGCGCAACACACGCCGGGCUCCCUCACCUUGUGCCGCGCAUCCUUGCACAGGUCUUGUACCUGCGGCAGCAGCUUCCGUCGCCGUACCAGCAGCUGGUGGCCGAUGCUGCGGCGGUGGCGAGCGCCCCGGCCCCACGCGGAUUUAGCGCCGCCGCGCCGCGGGCAGCCAUCGCGCUUGCCACAGGCCUCUCCACGCUCUUUGAAGAGCUCACGGCCGCACUCGCUGCUGCGCCGGCCUCCAUCCGUGCUGUUGACUUUAUCCUCGGAACAACGGUACUGGCGCCGCGUGAGCGGCUGACACUCGUUCUUCCGCGCGAGUCGACGCCCGCGGCAUGGAGCGGGCCAUCCGGUCGACGCUGCGGCAUGUGGUGA